UUUGAGUAUCUUUGGAAUGUCAUAGCUGUUUCUGACUGCAUCUUGUGACUAGCUCUCCUUUGAACGUUCAGUGUAAUUAGUGCAUAUUUUGAGAUCUCCUCAUAUUUCUUAGUGAGCCUUGGUGUUAAAAUGAAACAAAAAGCUGAUGCGUGUAGGAGUAGGCCAGUUUUUCUGGUGUAAUGGGGAUAGGAAAGAUCUUAUUAUCUGCAAGUUAAAACUUUAACUUUUGUACUUUAGGAGAGGCAUGAGUUGGAAGGACUUUGCUGCUGCAUGAGAACAAAGGGCACGGCCUUCGUGCUGUUGCAACACUGAGCUUUUUGCAUUCCUGCAGCAGGUUGGAGCCCUCGUUGUGGGGCAGCACCUGGCUGGUUUUGGUGCUGUGCUGUCCAGGAGACGGGACAGAGGCUUGGAAGAGCAGUCACUUUGGUCUUGAAUGUCUACGGAGCUGAGGACGUAGUUGUCUGUUCCACUGGCGUCCAGUACGGAAGAGAGAGUGAAGAGGGACGCAGCUGUACCGAGCUGGAACGAUCCCCAUACGUGACUGAUCUAUGAAAUGGCAGAGAAUGGAACAGAUUGUGACCAGAGACGCAUAAGAAUGAUCAAAGAACAGCACAAUGGAAGCUUUACAGAUUCCUCUUUGUUGAGUGAACGGAAGCGAAGGGACCGAGAAGGGAGGUCAAAUAUUGUCCUCUGGAGACAACCGCUUGUUACCUUGCAGUAUUUUUUCCUGGAAACCCUAAUAAACUUGAAGGAAUGGACCAUAAAAUUGUGGCAUCGGCGAAGUAUCUUGGUGUCUUUUUUACUGAUGCUUGCAGUGCUUACAGCUACGUAUUACAUUGAAGGCACACAUCAACAGUAUGUGCGGUAUAUGGAGAAAAAGUUCUUCUGGUGUGCCUACUGGGUAGGAUUAGGCAUUCUGUCCUCUGUUGGACUUGGAACGGGUCUCCACACCUUUCUGCUCUAUUUGGGUCCACACAUAGCAUCAGUUACUCUUGCUGCUUAUGAGUGCAACUCAGUUAAUUUUCCUGAGCCACCUUACCCAGAUCAAAUUAUCUGCCCUGAUGGGGAGACGACUGAAGGAUCCAUCUCCUUAUGGGCUAUCAUCUCAAAAGUCAGGCUGGAGGCCUGCAUGUGGGGUGCUGGCACAGCCAUUGGAGAGCUGCCUCCGUAUUUUAUGGCGAGGGCGGCCCGACUCUCUGGUGCUGAACCUGAUGAUGAAGAGUACCAGGAAUUUGAGGAGAUGCUGGAAAAUGCAGAGACUGCACAAGAUUUCGCUUCCCGGGCUAAACUGGCUGUGCAGAACCUGGUGCAGAAGGUUGGGUUCUUCGGCAUUUUGGCCUGCGCUUCAAUUCCAAACCCUCUGUUUGACCUGGCCGGCAUAACAUGUGGACACUUUCUGGUUCCCUUCUGGACCUUCUUUGGUGCAACCCUGAUUGGGAAAGCAGUAAUUAAAAUGCACAUCCAGAAACUUUUCGUUAUUAUAACAUUCAGCAAACAUAUAGUGGAGCAGAUGGUGUCCCUAAUCGGGACUGGCCCGGAUCGCUGAAUCUGAGCAAAAUGUGGCUGCACUGUUUGUCCCCAGACCCCGAGAGGGGUCCGGAGAAGGACAAAGUGUGUGUGCCAGAGAGUUGGACAAAAUCAAUCCCCGUGUUAGCAGUUAAACGGUUUUUCCAAAUGAACAGCUGUGGAUAUUAGAGAGAUCAUCCAUAAAGUGAGGUUGUGACUCAAUAUUGCAUCACCUUUCCAAGCAGCGUUUCAGCCUGGGAGCCCGGUGGCUUGUUCGCACCCUCCAUUCCAUUAUUAGGGUUCUCGUUUCCCUUCAGGUUAUUAUUUCCAUGAUAAAAUGGACUUCCACGUUUUUAAACCUGCAGUGCUUAAUGUUUCUUGAUCGUUGCAGCUGGGGGACCAAUUCCAGCCGUUCCUGUGCGCUGCUGGAUGCGCCGUGUAAUUCGGCACUGAAUGCCACUGAAGUUCUUAUUUACAUUUUUAAUUUCCAUCAAAAGAAAUUGAGUUUAAGAACUGCUUAAUCAGCUGCUUAAUCACUUGCUGCUGGAGGCCUCUUGAGAAUGAGAAACUUCCAUCAGCAGUAAAACCCCCACUGUAUGACUGUUCCUAAAAUGUGGGUCUGCAAUGGCAGCCUCAGUGUUUCUUGAUGUAUUUGCUAACGUUUCUCUUCUGGUAAAUGCAAACUUACAGAGGUUUUGGUAAGACGAGAACUUUACGUCCCGUGUCAUGGACUGAUAGAUUGUUUUGUAAAUGUUAUCACAAUGAUAGCGGAGUGCGGCGUUUGAUUCCGAGCGUGCAGCACAGCUUGUGCUUGCUGGAGUGCUCACACUGAGAGCAUCGCUUGUGACAUUUCCAUAACUCCAGUAACUCUUAAAGAUUUCCUAAGAUGAAAAAUAUACCUUUUAAAAGCGCAAGUGUCAAUGGUUUUAAAGCAGUAUUUUUAAUAUAAGCAAAAAUGCUAAAUAUCCCCCAGCCCGGUUUGGUGCUUCUUCUGGAUGCGUUUAGGAAACGCCUACCUCUGCUUCCAAAGAUUCUGUUAAAAAGAUAAAUUGCCCAACAACCUUCCCCAUCACUUCAUGACUAAUGAUGUGUAUUUGAGGGUCAAAUACUGACAGUCAAUCUUUGAAGUGCAAAUUAAUAAAUUGGACAGUGUGGUUUAAUAAACACAGUUUUGCCGUAACUGGAACAGAAGUUGUAGGAGUUGUGCUGGCAGAAGCUGUACAUCCUCGAUGUCAGUUUUAAACUAAUCCUGGAGCAACUUUGCUUACUCUCUGUAGUUUAGUGCUUCGAAUAGAUGGGAAGUUUUUUUGUGUGUGUUGGAAAAGAAGUUAUUUCUUGUUCUUAAAAAAAAAUCAAAGGUGCAUUUGUUUAAUAACAAAACCCAAGUUACGCUUCUGAAAAGAGGUUUGUGUUUUUUGUUCAGUGCAGCAGAAUUCUUAAUGGGUGUUUAUAUUGUAGUAUUAGAGUGCAACUAAUGCAUUUUACUAAAUUGUUACGAUUCUAAUGAAUUUAGGCUGUACCAAAUUCUGUGCAGGUUUUUUCCAAGUCUCUUUUCAGUUUCAAUUUUGUGAAACAUUCAGUGUUAGCAGAGAAUCAGGGUAAAUUAAAACAAAAUUUGGCGUUUAAUGUUAACUGUUUCUAAAAUUUGUUGUGAAUCAAAAUUUCUUUAAAAAAAUACAAAGCGUUUUUUCCAACUCUCACAGUAAAACUGCAGCUCCUCUCGUUUUUCACGCAAGUUUUGUUGUAGGACAGAGCCCCGUGGGCAGCACGUCCCUUCCCAGCAGUGCAGCUUGUUGCUGAUUAACUGCCAAAUUCAUUAAUAAUAAGGAUAGCGGCUAGUGAAACUAUUCAUUGAUUAUUUUGACAGAUAACUUCUAGUGAAUGACCUUCAGGUUUUUUGAAAUUGAAGUCCUUAAGCAGCUCCCCAAGACCUGUGUUUUAAGCCUUUAAGAAGGGACAGCAGGUUGUGUGCUUGGGGGGUUUUGUGUGGGUUGUUUUGGCAGAUAGAGACUACAAAGCCUGGAUGAGCCCAGUUCUGUUGUGCACGAAGGUCCUUUUAUUUUCUUAUCCUUUCGUGGUCUUUAUUUGAAAGACAAUAGGCUUCAUUCUCAAAGGAAACUGCAAGGAGUUGGGUUUAGAUUAUUCUACAAACGGGUUAUCUUCCAGCAUCUUCCUUUCUUAAGUCGGAUGUGGUUUGCAUCUCCUGAAACUGCAGCAGGCUUUGAAGGUGCAUCUUAAAGUUAUUUCUAAGUGGCGCAGAAUUAUGAUGCAAAUCUGUUCCUUUUUUUCAUGAGUAUCUGCCUCUGCUUCCAGUGGAAUCCUUGAAAAUUUAUACUGAAGACUUCCCCCUCCUCCUUUGAUAAGAAGAGGGUCGGGGAGUUGAAGCUCACUGGCUUUGGGAGGUUAGCACCGACUCAUUGGUGGUUCAAUAAAACUAAAACUGAUUUUUAAGAUUUCUAGAUGUAGAGUGAUGCCCGUGCUUUGGGUAUCAGGUGCUGCUGAAUAUUGUCACAAGAGUUAUUGUUAUUGCAGUGACCGAUGUUGUCCCACUGAAAUGGGAUUUCCAGAAUUUUGUUUCUAGUAGUCUGGAGUCAUGAUUUUCUAGGAGUCACUGUGCUUCAUUUUGCUCCUUGUUUAAAUUUAUGCACUUUUUUUUCAGUGUUAAAGUCUCUGUGAAUGUGCAAAACAUCACAGACUUUUACAAACCAAGGUCCUUGCAUUCCGAAUCUCUUCAAAACAGCUUUAGUAAAAUGGAUGUUGUGCACUCGGUCCUCAGUUGUGCUCACAAAAGAAAUAAGAAGUUGAAUACUUUUAACUAAAAUAAUUUUGAAAUAUGGUGUUGAUGCACCAGGAUCUCUUCAAGCCGCCUGAACAUGGUUUUCAUGUCUUUGUUCUGUUGUUUAAUGCCAGUUGGGCACAGUUUUAGUUCAGUUUUCAGAAAAACAUUGAGGCAUUUGAACAACCAUUCUGUUAAUCAUUCGUCUCUCGUGAUUUAAAUAUUCCUUAUUUCAUAAUCAUGCAGAAGUUUAAAAGUAAGCUAUUACCUUUCAGGAGCUUUUCCGGGCUUCUGGGUAUCAUUUGAAAAAGAAAAGAAACCUCAAAACGUAACUCCGGUUUAAAACUGUGACUCGUACCCAUCGGCGAGUCAGGAGGAGGAUUUUGACCACGGGGAGAGUCAGCUUCGUCCGGGACGGGUCUGAAAAACUGAAAAUCAUUUGUAAAAGUCGCCGUUCUCUUGUGUAAUAGAUGAGUUUUAGUCUCUGCUCUUUUGUUUGCUGAAAUUUUACCAGUCCGGGCACAGAAUUUACUCACCCGUUCGUAUCAUCGUGAUGGUGAAUCAUGAAAGAAGCAAUCGUUUUCUUGUAAAUACGUUCAGAGGAGUUAUUCACCCCUGGCUACCGAAGGACAUCGAGUUGGUGGGGGAGAGCGAGCUACUUUGUUUCUUCAGUCUGUGACUUUUCAUAAAUUCUUGAGAUUAGGAAGCUGUUAUUUUUUAAUUGAGCUUUAGCCUGGAAAAGGGAAUAUUGGUUAAAUCAGGAGAUGGAGGAAAAUUAUCUUGAAAGUCUAUCCAUCAUUCGGAGAGGGGCGAUUACAGAAUGGUUGGGGUUGGAAGGAACCUCUGUAGGGGAUUUGGUCGAAGCCCCUGGUAAAGCAGGGUCAGUUUGGAAAGGUGUCUGUGGGUACCUCUGUCUAAAGUGUGUUUUACUAAAUCCUCCCUGAAGCAGAAGUGUCAAGAAUCAAAACCUUAAGCACAGAAGUUUAGGUGACUUGUUGUAAUGUAGAGACCUGUGUUCAUUUAUUUAAAAUUUUAAAAAGAAAUUGGAAAUCUGUGUUCUGUUUGAAAUGAAACCCAUGUUUGUUAGUGAUGGGUGCUCUCCCCUGGCUGGCAUUAAGGGUGUUGGUUGCCUGUAUGUGGAACGAACCCUGGGAGCCUUCGGAUUGCACGGGUGUUCCCAGCGCCGCAGCUGAGCCAGGGGGUUGCUGGUGGCAAUUCCUUCUACAGAGUAUUUUAAGGGUUUCUUAAAUGGUGUGACAGUUACUAAAGCUCCUCGACCUCCUGCUAAAGAGCACGGCAUACGGAUCUAAAGAAGUUACGCAGGUUGUUUUUGAUUCAAACCUGGCCAGCUGUGGCAUUUGCCCAGCAGAGGUUGGAGGCUGCUGUGAGCCUGCCCAGCGUUAACACCUGGGAGAGGGUUCUCCGUUCCAAACGGUAUCUUUGUAAUGUUAGAGUCGGAACAAGGUGUUUAGUAACGUAUUGUAGCUUUUGUGCAAGUCAUCUGCCAUAAACCAUGGCAUGAUUCAGCCCCGGGUUCAUAGUUCCUUCUUUGUUCCUUUGUUAAUCACUGACCUGGGGGAGGCGCCUGCAGAAUUUGCUCAUGCAUUCUUGUUGGGUAAAGAUGACGCACGGAUUGUCCUAAUAAGGACUUAGUUUGAGAAAGGGGCCGUCUUCUUGGAGGAGAUAGGGGCAAGUCAUAGGGCGAGCAGUUUCUUUUUUAACUGAGGGAUGACACAAGCACAAGUCAUUUCCUUAUUAAUCGGUUCAAACCAGUUCUUACAGGAACUGCUGGUGAUAAAUGUGGGACUUCUGAGAAGUCAUUCAUUUGAUUCUCAGCCGCGCACCAGCGCGCAGCCCAGCUGGCUCCUCCGCCUCCAAGGAAAUGCUCUGCUCCCAGCUCCAAUGCUCUGCUCCC